GAGCAUGGCGCACAGGAAGAAGUUUAUUCUGAAGUUGUUUUUGUUCCGUGUGUUCGCGCGUCUGUGAUGUGACUCUCGGCUCUUCUGACCAUAGACUAUAUGUGCCUGUUCGCCACUCUACAAGUUUCACUUUCUCCUCAGGUCCAUGGUUUGACCCGCGCUGAUCCGAGUCCGUUUUAGCCGCUCGUUCAGGUGUGUGAGAUGGCCAUCGCUCAUGUUGCCACAGAGUACGUGUUCAGUGACUUCCUGCUGAAGGAUCCAAACCCGGCGCGGUAUCGGAACGUCCGCACGGAGCUGGCCACAGACAAACUGGUGACAUGUGUGGCUGUGGGGCUCCCCCUGCUGCUCAUCUCUCUCGCCUUUGCUCAGGAGGUGUCUGUCGGGACACAGAUCAGCUGCUUCUCUCCUUCUAACUUCUCGUGGAGACAGGCCAUGUACGUGGACUCCUACUGCUGGGCUGCUGUGCACACCCACACACUCCCCCUGUGGCUACACAAGUUCUUCCCGUACGUGCUCCUCCUAGUGGCCGUGCUCAUGUACAUCCCGGCUCUGUUCUGGAGGUUCUCAGCUGCCCCCCUCCUGCAGUCUGACCUGGCCUUCAUCAUGGAGGAACUGGACCGCUGCUACAACCGCGCCGUUACUCUAGCCAAGCACCUCAGCUCCUCCACCAGUGACCUGAGUGAGGGAAGUUUUAAUUACCCCCUGGUGGAGCGCUUCUUGAUGACAAAGCGCAGUGGGCGGAGCCUGCUGCUGUACUACCUGCUGUGCCGCGCUCUCACCCUGCUCACCCUGCUGUGCACCUGUGUAUACCUGAGCUACUACCUGCGCCUGGCCUCUGUCACAGACGAGUUUGGGUGCUCGCUACGGGUGGGCCUGCUCCUGUCAGACCUCAGCGUGCCAGAGAAGGUGCAGUGCAAACUCAUCGCUGUGGGGGUCUUCUCCCUGCUCAGUAUGGUGAACCUCAUCGUCUUUGUGGCUCUGAUGCCUGUGGUGAUCUACUCCAGUCUCCGCCCUCUCUUUUGCCAGCGAUACGCCCGCUUCCUGGAAACCUACCAAUCCCUGCCCACCGUGAGUGUCCUGCCCACCUCUGCUGGCCACUGGGAUGACCUCUCUCUAUGCAUACUUUUUCUGGAAGAGAACAUCAGUGAACUGAAGUCCUACAAAUACAUCAAGGUGCUGGAGAUGCUCCGAAGGCGGGGCGAGUGUGCGGGGGAAGACUUCGACUCCAUGGGGCUGCUGCAGACUCUCUGUUUGGUUAAGACUGAUGCUGUGGAUGGACUCAAAGCCAAAAACACCAACAACUGUGAGGCCAGAAGCACCCCAGCAGAGGGCAGUGCAGAACAGCCAACCGAGAUGAAAGAGCUCCAUCCUCUUCUCAAAAGAAAGACCGACUUGAGCUGAGGAAACCCUCUCUGCCCCCCCUGCCUGGCUGCUGUGUGCCUUAGAGACUCUUUUGCUUGCUGUUUUCCUGUAUGGAAAGUGCUGUUUACAAAGUACAAAGUUGAAUUGUGCCUUUUCUAUUUAUUACAGGUGUUUGUUAUAAAUCGUGUAUCAGGGUCGAACAUUAUCAGCUGGGAGAGGUGUUUAGCACUUAGAUACUGUGGAGGACAUUUCAAAGCAGUGUUUGCUGUAAAGAGAAGUGCCAUAUGAUUCUAAAACAAGAAGUGUCUGAACAUGCUGUGAGCUGCUGGCUUUCAUUGACUUCACUUUAAUUCUUACAAACAAAUGUUUUUAUAAGGUGUGACUUUGACAUGAUAUACAGUGCUGCAUGGAUGGUACAUUUGACCUAUUUUGUGAAAAUAAAGUCAUUCUGUUUGACCUGUGAA